AAGGUCUGGACACCCACCGAGAAGUUUUUACCGUCUAGUGUUCUUCUUCUAUAGUUGGUCAGACACCUAAAUCCAGAAAAUUUGCGACUAAGAGAUGUCUCCUCAGAUUUCAGCAAUGCCAUCUCCUUCUCCUGCUCUUGAAACAAGCCACGUCGCUGAACGCCGGUCGGGAAAUUUUCAUCCAAGCAUAUGGGGAGAUUACUUUCUCAAAUAUGCUUCUGACUCCAGCUCAAAGAGUUCUCAAGAUACAGCAGGGGAACGGAUUGUGAGAUUAAAAGGAGAGGUGAAAAAGAUGUUGACAAGUGCUAUGGAUAAGCUUUCGCAAAAGUUGAAUUUGAUUGAUCAAAUCCAACGAUUAGGACUUGCCUACCAUUUUGAAAUUGAGAUAGACAAGGAACUGGAACAAAUCCAUAGAAGCUAUUUUGAAUUUCACUGCGGUGAUAAUGAUGAGGACCUACACACGACUGCUCUUCUCUUUCGAUUGUUGCGACAACAAGGUUAUGAUGUUUCAUGUGAAAUCUUUAACAAGUUCAAGGACAACAAAGGGCAUUUUAGCAAAUCACUCAUUGCCGACGUGCGGGAUUGCUAAGUUUGUUUGAAGCUUGCCAUGUGGGGUUUCACGGUGAUGAUAUUUUGAAUGAUGCACUUGCUUUUACUGUGACUCACCUUGAAUCAAUUGACAAAGGAAAAGUAAGCCAUAAUCUCGAGAAAGAAGUGAGUCAUGCCCUAAGCCAGCCAAUCCACAAGGGACUAUCAAGGCUAGAGGCAAGGCAUUACAUUCAACUCUACCAAGAGGAGCCUUUGCACAACGAAGUCUUGCUCUCUUUGGCUAGACUUGAUUUCAAUUUAUUGCAAAAGCAACACCAAAAGGAGCUUGGCAACAUCACAAGGUGGUGGAAGGAUUUAGAUGGAGAGAGGAAGUUCCCAUUUGCUAGAGAUAGGCUUGUGGAGUUGUAUUUCUGGAUGUCAGGAGUUUAUUUCGAGCCGAAGUACGAAGUCACUAGAGAAAUACUAACCAAAAUGAUCGUGAUUGUUUCCAUAUUUGAUGACAUGUAUGAUGUCUAUGCCACAUUGGAAGAAAUAGAAGUCUUCACAGAAGCAAUUGAAAGGUGGGAUGUUGAUGCCAAAGAUGGAUUGCCAAAAUACAUGCAAGUUUGUUAUGAGACACUUCUUGAUUUGUAUGAUGAAUUUGGCGACAAAUUUACUAGAAAAGAACAAUCAUACUGCCUCUUCUAUGCAAAAGAAGUGAUGAAAAACCAUCUGAAAGCAUACUUUGCCGAAGCCAAAUGGUUCCACCAAAACCACAUGCCGACAAUGGAGGAGUACAUGCCCAUUGCAUCAACAUCCAUUGGCUGUGAAUUGCUACUGGGGACGUCGUUUCUUGGAAUGGGAGAUAUCGUAACAAAAAACGAUUUUGACUGGUUAUUAUACAGCGAUUCUAAGAUGGUGAAGGCUUCAAAAGUAGUCGCUCGACUCAUGGAUGAUAUUGCCGGACAUAAGUCUGAGCAAGAGAGAGGACAUUCGCCAUCUUCAGUGGAGUGUUUCAUGAAACAAUAUAGAGUUACAGAGGAAGAGGCUAAGGAGGAACUCCGUAAACAAGUGGUCAAUGCAUGGAAGGACAUGAACGAAGAGCUACGCCGUUCAAGCGCUGUUCCCAAGCUACUCCGCACGAGAAUUCUUAAUUUUGCACAAGUCUUCGAUGUGGUGUAUAAUGAUGAAAAAGAUCACUACUCUCAUGCUGGAACCAAGUUCAAAGAGCAUGUGACUUCUCUGUACGUCGAUCCAUUGCCAAUGUGAUGGUUGGAAGAGCAAGUUUAAUUACCUAGCGUAUUUAGAUUGCAUUAGACAUUUUCGAGUCUGCACUGUGCACCAUUGGAAUUGUGUUGACACUAGAUCAUUGCUCUUCACCCCCCCCCCCUUUUCCCUAGGUAGAUCUCAAUGCAAAAAUAAGGAGUCCAUAAAAAAUGGCAUAUUAGAAUGUAAUAAUGUUCUAUAUAUGCCUAGUUCAGUUUCUUGAUCAAUGUCAUAUGCA